AUGCUCUCUGGACUGCGCCCAACCGCGCGGCAUAUGAAAGUCACACCCGGGCGCCUGGGACAAUCAGGAACCAGACUCGCCCAAGCCACAAUGUCAACUUUCACCAUCCCAGGAUCCGAUGUACGCGUCAAGAGCAUCCGGGAUCUGUCCCGCGAAGACCUGCUGUCAUUUCCCCCGUUCAAGAUUUGGAUCCAGACGCUGCAGCAGUCAUUGGGCCGGCAGCAGAAUUCAUCACACGAGUUUCACCAUGACCCAUAUACGCUGCGCAGCAUUGACAUCCAGUCCAUUGACCGCUUCGGAGGCAAGCGGCUCGGGUUCGUCAAAUUGAAAGCCGACGUGUCGAACAAGAGCGGCGAGUCAUUGCCUGGAAGUGUCUUUUUACGAGGUGGCAGUGUUGGCAUGCUUCUUAUCUUACAACCGGAUGAUAUUCCUGCCAACGAGGAAAAAGGAGAACGGGCCAUUCUCACGAUUCAGCCUCGGAUUCCGGCUGGAUCUUUGGCAUUUGCUGAGAUUCCAGCUGGCAUGUUGGAUGACAGUGGGACUUUUGCUGGAGGUGCAGCGAAGGAGAUUGAAGAGGAGACUGGGUUGUCUGUUCAACAGGACGAGCUGAUCGAUAUGACUUCCUUGGCUCUGCAGUCUGCUCAAGACGAAAACGGAGAGAAUCUGCAGCGAGCAGUCUAUCCAUCAGCUGGAGGGAGUGAUGAGUUCAUUCCUCUCUUCUUGUGUCGGAAGCGAAUGCCGAGGAAGGAAAUUGAAGAGCUACAGGGGAAGCUGACGGGCCUGCGGGAUCAUGGGGAAAAGAUUACUUUGAAGAUUGUUCCUCUAAAGGACCUUUGGAAGGAAGGAUUGAGGGAUGGUAAGACACUAGCUGCGUGGGCUCUUUACCAGGGACUUCAACAGGAAGGGAAGAUCUAG